AUGGAUCCCGGGCAGCAGCCGCCGCCUCAGCCGGCCCCCCAGGGCCAAGGGCAGCCUCCCGCGCAGGCCCCCCAGGGGCAGGGCCCGCCGUCCGGGCCCGGGCAGCCCGCCCCCCCGGGGUCCCAGGCGGCGUCGCAGGACCCCCCCGCCGGGCACCAGAUCGUGCACGUCCGGGGGGACUCGGAGACCGACCUGGAGGCGCUUUUCAACGCCGUCGUGAACCCCAAGACAGCCAACGUGCCCCAGACCUUGCCCAUGAGGCUCCGGAAGCUGCCGGACUCCUCCUUCAAGCCGCCCGAGCCCAAAUCCCACUCCCGACAGGCCAGUACUGAUGCAGGCACUGCAGGAGCCCUGACUCCACAGCAUGUUCGGGCUCAUUCCUCUCCAGCUUCCCUGCAGCUGGGAGCCGUAUCGCCUGGGACAUUGACUCCCACUGGAGUAGUCUCUGGCCCAGCAGCUACACCCGCUGCUCAACACCUUCGACAGUCUUCUUUUGAGAUACCAGAUGACGUACCUCUGCCAGCAGGCUGGGAGAUGGCGAAGACAUCUUCUGGUCAGAGAUACUUUUUAAAUCACAUCGAUCAGACAACAACAUGGCAGGACCCCAGGAAGGCCAUGCUCUCCCAGAUGAACGUUACGGCCCCCACCAGUCCACCAGUGCAGCAGAAUAUGAUGAACUCAGCCUCAGGUCCUCUUCCUGAUGGAUGGGAACAAGCCAUGACUCAGGAUGGAGAAAUAUACUAUAUAAACCAUAAGAACAAGACCACCUCUUGGCUAGACCCAAGGCUUGACCCUCGUUUUGCCAUGAAUCAGAGAAUCAGUCAAAGUGCUCCAGUGAAACAGCCACCACCCCUGGCUCCCCAGAGCCCACAGGGAGGAGUCAUGGGUAGUGGCAACUCCAAGCAGCAGCAACAGAUGCGGCUGCAGCAACUGCAAAUGGAGAAAGAGAGACUGCGACUGAAGCAGCAAGAACUGCUUCGGCAGGUGAGGCCACAGGAAUUAGCUCUCCGUAGCCAGUUACCAACACUGGAGCAGGAUGGUGGGACUCAAAAUCCAGUAUCUUCUCCUGGGAUGUCUCAGGAAUUGAGAACAAUGACGACCAAUAGCUCAGAUCCCUUUCUUAACAGUGGCACCUACCACUCUCGAGAUGAGAGUACAGACAGUGGACUAAGCAUGAGCAGCUACAGUGUCCCUCGAACCCCAGAUGACUUCUUGAACAGUGUUGAUGAAAUGGAUACAGGUGAUACUGUCAACCAAAGCACCCUACCCUCACAGCAGAACCGUUUCCCAGACUACCUUGAAGCCAUUCCUGGGAUAAAUGUGGACCUUGGAACACUGGAGGGAGACGGAAUGAACAUAGGAGGAGAGGAGUUGAUGCCAAGUCUGCAGGAAACUUUGAGUUCUGACAUCCUUAAUGACAUGGAGUCUGUUUUGGCUGCCACCAAGCUAGAUAAAGAAAGCUUUCUUACAUGGUUAUAGAGCCCUCAGGUAGACUGAAUUCUACAUCUGUGAAGGAUCUAAGGAGAUAAGACAUAUAUAC